AUUUUCCUUUUUAUUCACUCGGCCUCAAAGAAAACGACAUUGUAUGUAAGUUUAACGGGGUGGAAUAGUACAAAGCUAUGUACAUGAAUUAUUUGGUUGAUGUAAAAAUGCGAUCAACACCAAAGAUAAAUCAGGACCGAAGCGUUUUUAUUUAUCUCUAUUUACCUUUGUAACCUUGAGAUGACAGUUCCGGCGGUGGUGCAAGCGCUACAAUGCGCAGGCUUCUCGAUCGUUGAACCGCGAAACGGUUACCAAAUACGUCCGCGAAGUGAUGUCCACCCUCUGUGAAACACGAGAGACUCGAUAGUGAUGUGAUACUAGUAGAGUUGAGAAAGAAGGGGGAGGGACAAAAAACAAAAUAAAACGAUAUCGAAAGAAAAGGCUGAGAGUAUCGGUGGAAGGUACAGAGUGAAAGAUAGAGGUAGAAAGAGUGGAACAGAGCGAGAGGGAAGAGAGCGAGCCGAGCGUUCGGCUUGACUCGAGUGCAGUGUACGGUGAUGCCGCGAGGAUGCCACCUUCGUCGGUCCUCUCGACACGAUAUAGGAAGGCGCGACGGUACCCCGUGAUCUGCCGGGGCCCCACGAUUCGACUGUGCCACGACAUUGCGCUAUUACUCGCGCAGUGCGGUGCAAGUGCAAGUGCAGGUGCAACUGUGAAGUGGUGCCAGUUCAACGACGACGAGAACGUACAAGCGGGAUACUACGCGACGCGAGAAGUCCGGCGAUGCGGCAAGUCAGGAAUCCUCCUUGUAUCCGGUGAUUCGCGAGUGACGCUCUUGAAGACAGAUCGGUUAGCGUUCGCGUGUUCGCGCAUGUGUGCCGCUAGGUGUUACGCAGAAAAGAUCGUUCUUUGUUCGAAAACGAGCAACAAAACCGGCGUACGAAUUACAUCUAUAGGAGGAACAGUGAAUUCGUAUUACGACUGCGAAUUCCCAUCAGAAUCGAGUAGUUUGAGUUAUCCCGAGCAUCGUAGUUUCAGCAUAUUGGCUGCAGCAGAGAGAAAGCAACAGAAUGCUGUCACCCGGUCAAGACGGCCAAUCCAACAACAGUUACUCGCACGGUAAUGUCGUUCUUCAAGGUGCACCCUGCGGUCAGUGUCGAGAUUUAUGCCCGGCUGGAUAUGUGCCCCACUUUUGGCGAAAGGUGUGCAGAAGCUGCAGGUGUCCCAGGGAGGAGCAUCAACGGACCUCGACAGAGGCGGGCGGUCCCUCGGGACUCGGCCUCGGUCCUGGUCCGCCGAUGGCCAUGGCCAUGGCUUUUCAGAGCGGGGCCGCUGGUUCUUCUCACCAGGAACCUUUCAAGAGUCCCGUGCAACCGGCUCCGCCAGGCCUCGCCCUUCAAGAGGCUCUGAUGCAUCAUCAGAGGCACUCGCAGAGCGACGAUGACAGCGGAUGCGCGCUCGAAGAGUACACGUGGGUCCCGCCAGGCCUCAGGCCAGAUCAAGUACACCUGUACUUCAGCGCGCUACCGGAAGACAAGAUCCCGUACGCGGGCAGCGCCGGCGAGCGGGAGCGGGUUAAGCAGCUGCUACAGCAGCUCCCACCGCACGACAACGAAGCGCGGUACUGCAGCGGCCUGAGCGAGGAGGAGAAGCGGGAGCUUAGGGUAUUUGCCGCGCAACGGAAACGCGAGGCGCUUGGACGGGGACACGCGAGCCAGCUGGACAGGCCCCACGGCGCCGGAUGCCGCGAAUGUACCAGGCCGAUCGCGGCCGGCGAGAUGGCGGUGGCUGCGAGCCGCGCCGGUCCGUCCGCCCUCUGGCAUCCGGCCUGCUUCGUCUGCUGCGUGUGCAGGCAGCUGCUCGUCGACCUGAUAUACUUCUGGAGGGACGGCAGGUUAUACUGCGGCCGGCAUCACGCGGAAACGCUGAAACCGAGGUGCUGCGCCUGCGACGAGAUCAUACUUGCUGACGAAUGCACCGAGGCGGAGGGGAGGGCGUGGCAUAUGAGGCACUUCGCGUGCCUCGAGUGCGAUCGCCAGCUUGGUGGUCAGAGGUACGUGAUGAGGGAAGGUAGACCUUACUGUCUCCGAUGUUUCGAUGCUUCGUUCGCCGAGUACUGUGACAGCUGCGGUGAACCGAUUAGCGUGGAUCAAGGACAAAUGUCACACGAGGGUCAGCACUGGCACGCGACUGAAGCUUGCUUUUGUUGCGCAACUUGCCGUACGUCCCUUCUCGGACGGCCGUUUCUUCCGCGAAGAGGUGCUAUUUAUUGCAGCAUAGCCUGUAGCAAGGGAGAACCCCCGACAACACCGAGCGAUUCUUCUGCCGGACCGCCACCACCACCACCUUCCUUCCUUAGAACUGGUCGGAGACCACCACCACCAAGCGAAGGUUCCUCUAGCCCACCACCACCUCCGCCACCUCCACCACCGCCUGGAUCCAGACACACCCUCUGUUCUCCUCGUAACUCACCUCGAAUGAAUAGGAAGCAUCAUCAAACGUCUGCUUCCCUAGCGACAACACCUACGCAAAGCACUUUGAGUCCUGAAUUCCCUACUGAAGGAUUCCCUUCAAGCGGUUCCAAACCGAGUGGCCUUGACCGAGUGUUGCUCGAGAGGAAUCUUGAGAGACUCCUCCAGGAACGUAGUUCACAUCCAGAGGAAAGCCGCAACGAAUUGGGAAGGUUAAUGCAGGCAAGAGACCGCGAGCCGUUGAGAUGCAUUCAAAAUUGUGCUCCUUCCCAUGCGUCGAGCAUGCCAGAGCUGCCUCCACCUCCCCGGCCUCCGUCCGGAGCGUCGGCGUCGGCGUCGGCGUCAACGUCCACAUCGACCGGAGUCGUCGCAACCGCGAUUCCCGGGAUCGUGCUGGAAUCGGCGACGUCGCCGACGACCUUCGUCGUCAGCCAAACGGACCCUCCGACGCCAACGUCGCGGCGCGUGCGGUUCCAAGGCGACUUGGACGUGAACGACCAUGCUGCAGGGUCGUCGCGCGUCACCCUAUCGCCCAACAACGAUAGGAAUUCAUCCUCAUCACCCUCUCCUCCCCCAGCGUCGCUGCCGAGAACGAAUGUGUCUCGAUCGAGAAGCCUGCAGCCGGAGGAAGUCGCUAGCACGUCCGCCUGGGGUGUCGCUGGGAGCUCAAAAUCAAGGAUAGAGGGCGACGACGACGACGUGGAGUCUUGCUGUUCUACCUGCAGCUCCUCAAGCAGUUCCGAUGAAGCUGCUGCCUACGCCUUGCCACCGAGAAGAGCAUACGGCGGUGUCAGGAUCUCUUACGUGCCCAACGACGCAGUGGCAUGCGCGAGGAAACGUACACCGACGUCUUCAAUGUCGAAUCAAGCGCAUAGGGAUGCAGACAAGUGUAUCGUGUCCUGAUGAUCCUCUGAAGAGUUUCAAAUCAUCUUUACGUCGAUAUCAAUGUAUUGUUCAUUGAGGGAAACACUUUUACUUCACUGCCAGGUGAUGUGAAGAAGAAAUUCGUGCGAGUCUCGAACCGAUGAACAACGCGAAAAAUAUGGACUAACGCGAUAAAAUACAAGAGUUCCUAAAACCGACGUAAGAUUCGCCAUGUUUCCAGCACUCGAGACUCAGAUAAACGAUUUAAUAUACUCGUGUACAUAAUGAACGUACUUCCGAAAUGAUCGCUCGUGAAGACCGAACAAUCGCGACGAUCGCGCUUCUCCUUCUAUUUUUAAUACCCCGGUGUAUUUGAUAAUGAUAACGAUGAUGAUAACGUUAUAUUUUAUUACCAUUGCCAUUCCCGCUGCGUAAACGACAGUUCACACGGGCGCUGUGUUCUUGUUCGAGAUUCGAUCGUCUUGUCUUGACCAACUUUUUUUAGAUAAUAGUUCGAAAGAAAAAAGUUGGUCAACUCUACAAAGUAAAUAGUAUUUAACCGUGAUGCGACUGCAUAGCGUUACGCUGUAAGUACAAAUGAAGAGCGUUCGGACCGAGAUGUAGACAAUCUGAAAAGUAUUUGGAAAAUAAAUUGAGACGAAGACUAAUUAAGCAAUUA